CCCAGCACCGGGGCGGGGAGCGUCGGUUCGGUUUCCUUUUGUCCUUCUGGAGGUCGGAACUCAGCACCAGGCGGCGGACUGGAACCGGUUCUGCGUUCGUUCUGGGUUUUAUGAGCUGUCUGUCAGAACCGAGGGAUGGACCUGAGGUAGUCCGUCUCUGUGUGAGCGUUGCUGGCUGGGAGUUGCAGCACGGAGAGAUGCGAGCGCGCGCUUGGACGCUGUGAAGGCGGCAGCAGGUAACCGAUAAGAUGGUGGCCAGGCGAGUGACUGGGCACAGCUGCCUGGUGGCUUGCUGGCAGCCCAUCCUGAUCCUGAUGCUGGGGACUGUGCUGUCUAGCUCCACCACACUCUGCCCAUCCCGCUGUGAGUGCAAAGAGCACUCCGUGAUGUGCCACAGGAGAAGGCUCGUGUCCCUUCCCGAAGGCAUUCCUGCAGAAACCAGGCUGCUGGACCUCAGCAAGAACCGCAUCAGAACGAUUAACCAGGAUGAGUUUUCCAGCUUAACUAACCUUGAACACCUGGAGCUGAGUGAAAAUACCAUCUCCACUAUUGAACCUGGAGCGUUCAACAACCUUAAUUUCUUACGGACUUUGGGGUUGCAUAGCAACAAGCUUAAGCUGAUUCAGCUGGGCGUGUUCACAGGCCUGAGCAAUCUCACAGAGCUGGACAUCAGUGAGAACAAGAUUGUCAUCCUGUUGGACUACAUGUUCCAGGAUCUGUACAGCCUCCGGUCUCUGGAGGUGGGUGAUAAUGAUCUGGUUUUCAUCUCCAACCGGGCUUUUCAUGGUCUUAGUAGCCUAGAGCACCUAAGUCUUGAGAAGUGUAACCUGACCUAUGUGCCAACUGAGGCUUUUAGCCACCUUCACAGUUUGAUCACUCUCAGGCUGCGCCAUCUCAAUAUCAAUGUCAUACGGGAUUACUCCUUUAAACGGCUCUAUCGGCUGAAGGUCCUGGAAAUAGCCAACUGGCCAUACUUGGAUACGAUGACCCCAAAUUGUUUGUAUGGAUUAAAUCUCACCUCUCUCACCAUCGCCAAUGCCAACCUGACCGCAAUCCCUUAUGUAGCCCUGCGGCACUUGGUUUACUUGCGCUUUCUUAAUCUCUCUUAUAAUCCCAUCCUUACUAUAGAGGGAAAUAAGCUCCACGACCUUCUUCGUCUCCAGGAGUUUCACCUGGUUGGGGGCAGACUAGCUAUGAUUGAGCCCUACUCUUUCCGCAGCUUGAACUACCUGAAAAUUCUAAAUGUUUCCGGGAACUCUCUCAGCACUUUGGAGGAGUCUGCUUUCCAUUCAGUUGGCAACCUGGAAACCCUGGCCUUGUACGAUAACCCCCUGGCCUGUGACUGCCGACUCCUAUGGGUGUUCCGACGACGCUGGCGACUAAACUUCAACAAGCAGCAGCCCACGUGUGCUUCUCCUGAGUUUGUUCAAGGCAAAGAGUUCAAAGAUUUCCCAGAUGUUCUGCAGCCAAACUACUUCACGUGUCGCAAGUCAAGGAUUAGGGAUCGCAGUCCUCAGCAGAAAUUUGUUGAUGAAGGAGCCAUUGUUCAUUUUGCCUGUCAAGCAGAUGGGGAUCCUGCUCCAGUAAUUCUGUGGCUCUCUCCACAGAAAAGGUUUAUCACCACCAAGACAAUUGGAAGGCUCUCUGUGUUACCAGAUGGCACCCUCGAGGUACGCUAUGCUCAAAUCCAAGAUAAUGGCACAUAUGUGUGUAUAGCCAGCAAUGCAGGUGGAAACGACACCUCUCUUGCUCACCUACAUAUCCAUAGCUACUCGCCUGAUUGGCCACAUCAACCCAACAAGACGUUUGCUUUCAUAUCCAACCAGCCUACGGAGACAGGUGCUAAUGGUACCAAAGCCAACGUCCCUUUUCCGUUUGACAUCAAGACUCUGAUUAUCGCGACCACAAUGGGCUUCAUCUCCUUUCUUGGUGUCGUCUUAUUUUGCCUGGUGCUGCUGUUUCUGUGGAGCAGAGGUAAAGGCAACACCAAGCACAACAUUGAGAUUGAGUACGUUCCACGCAAGUCAGACGCUGGCAUGAGCAGCACCGCGGUUGACGCGCCUCGCAAGUUUAACAUGAAAAUGAUUUAAGAAGGCUGUGGUACCAGUUUGUUUCCAACCCAAACUUUAGACAAAUGAGAAAAGAAAACUGUUUUCUUUUCUUCUCCAAACCCGUGGAUUAUGGUGUGCUAACACAGUCUCUGCUUUCCUAACUGGUGGACUUGACACAAGGCCAGUUUCUGACUUUUGAAAGAGGGAGGGAGCUAAACCACGCCCAGAGACUCAUCAUUUCUACAAAACGACGUGGGAGAAAUCAAGUCUGAUUUGUUAUAAAAUUUGAACAAAUCCUAUUCCUAUGGAUAUUUAGUGGGAAAAUAUAUCAGAAAGAAGAAAAAGAAACAGCCAAAAUAUGAGGAGCAGAUCAUAUUUGAAUAAUUGCUGUUGUAUGUGUCUAUAUUUUUUUAUUUAGUGUGCUUUUCUGUUCUUUUGGGGGGAUUUCAUGUGCAGUUGUGUCAUUUGUAGGGGUUGACGAGCACAUUAAGACGGUUUCAAUCACAGGUACACUGUUAGCUUUGAUGUUCUGGUAUGUUUGUUAUUAUUUGUCCUUAGGUACAUUUACCUCUGAGUCAUCCAAUGAUUACUUUUUCUUAAGCUAAAAUACAUUCAAGGGUAUUUUUUCAAAAAUAUGAGAAGUGUACGACGUCGAUCAAACUGUACUUUUAAGUCUGGUAUACAUUUUACUUUGACAUCAGCUAAUUACCUAAAAAGUGAAACAAAUGAGGUAUAAAUAUCAUGCCAGUGCUGAACUCCAGUAGGGGUGUAACGAUACAUGUGGUCCCAGUGCUGCGGGGGUGCGUUUACAUGUGUUUCACAGAACCAAACCUUAGAUAGGCCGACGUUUUUUCAAGCAUGUGAGUGUUAGUCUGGCUGAAGGUGUCCUUAUCCAGCUGCAGCACCCAGAUACACAGUAGGAACCCGACUUCCUCCACAGGUAAACACUCAGUUAAGCACUCCCCUUCCAGAAGUGACAAGACUGCAGAAGCGUCCUUCUGAUAGCAUCACCACCACAAAGUAAGAUGCGGAACACCGUCAGUACAGGGCGGUCCGUACCAAAUCAGCUGUGCUGCAGGUGCUGUUGGUGUCCAUUCCGUCAGCCAUUGUGCAUAUCCGGUUUCACUCCGACUGCUUCACUACCGCCAGCGUUUCUUUACUACUUGUGUCGCUAAGGCUAACUGAAAGCAUGCCGACAUCAAAGGACGCAUGUCGCCACCUAGUGUAGUGGGGUGGAACAACCUUCAGUGAGAGUUUGGUGGAAACAGACAUGUAAACUAGGAUAAAGGCUCCCAGGUUAAAGUUUGACCCAGAUAUAAACACACUGAGUCUGUCUUCUGUUCAGCACUAUCAGUUCAUUGUUUUAGUGCAAAAUACAUUCAAACUCAUUCAAAGCUGCUCAUUCAGCCCAAAUGCUGUCAUUGAUCUGGAAACAGCUUGAAUGUAGCUACGGCCCUCUACACUCAACCAUGACUUUGGUGAAAAUGGGAGUAUGGAAAGUCAAAUGGGUCAAAAUCCAUGCACUUUCCAAUCCCCUUUAAAGCCACAUGCUGCAUUUUCAGUGUCGAGACUAAACAUGGUGAGUGUGAGGGUGAUUUGCAGGUCUACAGCUGUCCAGUGGGACCGGCCCAGCGACAGUUUCCUGAGCACUCUUAUGACCAAACCCAGCAUCCAGCAGUCUUCAAGUGUCAGAAAGCUCCGGUCUGGAGUCGAACAAUGAAAAUACACCCAAAAACCGGUGAGGAGAGUGCACUGGGAGGGUAGCAUCAGCAGCGUUACCAACGGUAGAGGCUCUAUGUAGGAACGUGUGAGAUGUUCUCCUCUCGUUGUUGUGUUGGGUGUCUGCUGUUUCUACGUCUGUACUUCCUCUGGACAAUAAGAGACGUCAUGAAGCCCUAACGGACGGCCUGUGGGAUGGUCUAAACCAGAUCACUGAAACACUCCACUCACUUACAACAAAGUUACCUGGUUGUGCUGAUCCCUAAAGCCACCCCCCCCCCCCCCCCCACCCCCCACCCCCCCACCCAGCAGGUGUGCUCUGAUGUUCUGUCUCUGCCUUUGGGAUGCGGUCUUUUUAAAUAAAUGAGGUGGAAAAACUCCGGUUUCUGGUCUAACGGAGUCAUUUGUGUAUCGCUACACGACUAAAAUAAAUAAAACCUUUAGCUCUAUUGAAUUCAAAGGAUUUCUAUCAUUAACUGCUUUUUAUGAUGUUACUAGCUGUGUGUUUAUUGGGUUGUAGUCACUAAUCCACCUUCACCUUAUUAGGAUUUGGCUGAAAACAGAUGCAAGUGAUUAUCUGGUUAUUUGAUGCUUUUCAGACACAAUGUGCUCCUCAAGCUACGAAAUGUGUUGUCACUCUCGGUUACCUCUCUGGACUUUCAUUUUCAUUUGUUUGUUGUUGGAGCAAAACGAAAUAAUGCUUUAUUUCUGCUCUCCGGUUUCCCGUUAAAGCCGUGGAAGGUGGGUUUCUGUACAUCGAUGCUCCCAGUUGGUCCUACAGGUAAAGUCUGAAGGUCUCGGCCUUUUAACUCCCCGCUGUGGACAGCUGGGCCUUGCAAUCAUGUAUGAAGCUAUUUAUGAUGGAUGACAUUACAGUUUAUGAUUGGAAGGAUGGACAGAAUAUGCAGAUGGGUGGACAGAUGCAGAUGGUUUCACCCAUGGAGCAAUCUGCAGCAGCUUUGGUGUAAUCUGUUUUGCAUAAAGGAAAAAAACUGGAUGUUCUCCCUCUGGCUGAUUAUGAAUGCUCUGUGUUCCAAGUGGCUGCUGUAUCCAGCCUUGUUUUGGUCCCGACUGGUCCGGGAUGCUGUUUUUCAUUUCUGUUCCUCCUACAUUUGAAUUUCCACCCUGGAUUAUCCUAACCGUGUAUAGUCCAAGCCAACUUUUUGCAAAAAAACACAAAAAAGAAAUCUAUGGAAAAAACAUUCAAACUGUCCUGUGCAAUAAAGGUAAUAUGCAGAUUUUUUUUAACAAACAAAGUUUUGUUGAUGUUGAAUUGUUGAGAAUAUGGUAUGUUGUAUUAAACCAUCUAUGGAUCUUUUUAAA